UUGCUCUCCAACUGACAUUGACAUUUGUCUUGUCUGUAUCCGGCCUUUCAAGUUUUCUCAGCCCCCGUUGCAAUCAUGUCGGUGAACAAUAUUUCCAAAAAGCGAAAAUUCGUCGGAGAUGGUGUGUUCAAGGCUGAACUGAACGAGUUCCUGACCCGUGAGUUGGCCGAAGAUGGGUAUUCCGGCGUGGAAGUGCGCGUCACGCCGACCCGGUCGGAGAUCAUCAUCAUGGCCACACGCACGCAGAGCGUGCUGGGCGAGAAGGGGCGCCGCAUCCGCGAGCUGACCUCGGUGGUGCAGAAGCGCUUCAACAUCCCCGAGCAGUCGGUGGAGCUGUACGCGGAGAAGGUCGCCACCCGCGGCCUCUGCGCCAUCGCCCAGGCCGAGUCUCUCAGAUACAAACUUAUCGGAGGUCUGGCCGUCCGUCGCGCGUGCUACGGUGUGCUCCGCUUCAUCAUGGAGUCCGGCGCCCGCGGCUGCGAGGUGGUCGUCUCCGGCAAGCUGCGUGGCCAGCGAGCCAAGAGCAUGAAGUUCGUGGACGGGCUCAUGAUCCACUCCGGAGACCCAUGCAAUGACUACGUGAACACCGCCACCAGACACGUGCUGCUGCGACAGGGUGUGUUGGGUAUCAAGGUCAAGAUCAUGUUGCCUUGGGACCAACAGGGCAAGAACGGCCCCAAGAAGCCGCAGCCCGACCACAUCCUGGUGACGGAGCCCAAGGACGAGCCGGCGCCGCUCGAGCCCUCGAGUGACGUCAGGAGCCUGGCGCCCGCGCCGGUGCCCAUCCCCGUGCCCGCCACGGCCUAGCUUUAAGCUAUACAAUAAAAAAAAAUAAAAACUGA